AUGGCAAAUGAACCCACGUCUGUGUGCAUGUUCCCUGACUUGGGACACGGCCACAGCCAUGCCCGAGAAGAAGUGGUGGCGAUUGACAUGCCCAAGAUACCAAUAAGAGAAGUGACACGAUGGUGUACAGACAGUGGCUUGGAUCCCAUAUAUCUGUUUAGCCUCGGCUGGGGGGUAAUUUUGCGUCACUUCGCUGAUGUGGAUAACGUGCUCAUCGGCGUUUCCACUGCUGGGACCACUUCCACUGCGCGAACAUUGUCUACGUCGCUGAGUGGAAGGACUGUUGAAUCAUUGUUAGUUUCGGAGGGCUGGACUGUAGCCAACAAGCAGUCGUUGGCUGUCGGAGGUUAUAACACUGGGAUAAAACUGGAUGAUCUAGCAUCUGGAAACGAUACUUCUGUUGUCCGCAUGGAAUACCGGACAUCUUUCCUCUCACAGCCCCAUGCCGAAAGUGUGGUUGAAGCUUUUACUCAGGCGAUUUGGUCUAUUUUGAAGGACCCAAAACAAAAAGUUGUCGAAAUUAACGUGGUAGGGGACUUCCAUACACGCCAGGUCUCUUACUGGAAUAGUCAGAUGCCCAGGGCUGCUCGAGACCACGCGCUUUACGGGCUGGUAUCCCAACAUGGGAGUGAUGAGCUGGCUUUGGACGCUUGGGACGGGGCGAUAUCUUAUGGACAACUGAAGGCGUUUUGUGAGACCCUUGCGUCUUACCUUCAAGGCAAAGGCGUCGGUCCACGGUCGAUGGUACCCAUAUGCUUUGAGAAAUCCUGCUGGGCAGUUGUAGCCAUGCUCGCGGUGAACAAGCUUGGGGCCUGUUUUGUCCCAAUUGACCCAUCUCUCCCAUCGGAUCGUAUCAGAACCAUUGUCCAAAAAACCAAACCCCAAGUUGCUGUGACUUCACAAAGCCAAUCGCACAUCUUACUGGAAAUUGUCCCAACGAGCGUGGUUGUCACAGCGGUGAUGUUAUCCUCUCUUACGCCUGCGGAUACCUCGUAUACGUCAUGUCAUCUCCCAACCGAUCCGGCUUAUUGCCUCUUUACGUCGGGGACUACAGGCACCCCAAAGGGUUGCGUAGUAUCACAUGCGGCUUUCUCAAGCGUCAGCACCCACUGCAAAGCCUUGCAGAUCCAACCUCGCAGCCGAGUCCUGCAAUUUGCUUCCUACGCGUUUGGAAUAUCUCUGAUCGAGGUGUUUUGCACCCUCAGCGUCGGAGCGACGGUUUGCAUUCCCUCCGAUCAGGAUCGAUUGAACAAUCUCGCCCAAUUUAUGACACAUAACAGGGUCAAUCUCGCGAUGUUGACCCCUACUGUCCUUAAUUCCAUCCACCCACAUCAGGUGCCUAGACUUGAAACCCUAAUUGUCGCAGGUGAGCUUAUGACAACUAGUCACGUUAGGAACUGGGCAGAAGAUGUACGCCUCUUCCAAGCCCUAGGAUUGACGGAGUGGGCGGGUAUCCUCUGCGUUUCUCGACAAAUACGAGUUGUUGCUGAUCGGUCCAACAUUGGCAAGCCGACAAAUGGGGUGGUCUGGCUUGCAGACGUUCAGGACAUCAACCGUUUAGCUCCCAUCGGUGCCCCGGGAGAGAUGGUAAUAGAAGGCCCUAGCAUGGCCGAUGGCUACCACGAUGACAAUGAACGAACGGGAGCCAGAUUUAUGACAGCUCCGCCAUGGCUGGCCGCCUUCUCGCCUGAGAUUGCCAACAGACGACUGUAUAGGACUGGAGACAUCGGCCACUACAACCCAGACGGAAGCAUCACCUACAUCGGGCGUAAAGAUACUCAGGUCAAAGUCCGUGGACAACGAGUCGAACUUGGUGAAGUGGAGAACCACAUCACCCGUUGUUUGCCAGAAGGAUACCGGGCAGUUGCAGACAUCAUUGAGCCGGUCAACGUUGGCCCUGGUCGGCACUACCUCGCUGCAUUCAUAGUUUUGCCACCGUCUAUGCAAGAAGACAAAGAUGACAGCCUCUGUAACGUGUGGGCUACACGGGCUAGCAAUCCUCUUUCAUCGCAUAUAGACCAGGUCAAAGACUCCAUCCGAAGCGCGCUUCCUGGACACAACCUCCCAGACUUCUUCAUCCCACUAAGACAUCUCCCCGUCACCAUAACCGGAAAAAUAGAUCGUCGGCGACUGCGAGAGAUUGCCAGUGGCUUUACCACGAAAGAGCUGGACGAACUAACCGCCCAAGACGGACAAAAGGCUAUCUCACGGCCUCAGGGUCGGAAAGAAGCCAUCAUUCACCGAUUGAUUGUUGACCUGCUGCAUCUGGUUCCAGACCAGGUGGGAAUGGAGGCAAGCUUCGGCCGUCUGGGGGGGAUUCCGUAG